AACAGAGACCCAAAUGGGAUCGUACCACCCAAGUUUAAAAUACGAGUAAAUUGUUAUGCGAGUCUCGUCCCAUCCGCAUUUUCAACACAUAUAAAGCGUCCUAAUCUCUCCACUCCUUUGCCUCCCUCCAAUUGUCCCUUUCCUUUUACCUUUCACCUUCAGCAGUCCUAAUAAUCUAACGUCCACUUCCAUCCGUCACGCCAUGACUAUCCCUGUCAACACUGCUGCCAAUGACUUCGAGGCUCCCCCUCGACCCAAGGAUGUCGGUAUCCUCGCCAUGGAGAUGUACUUCCCUCGCAGGUGCAUCUCGGAGGAGGAACUGGAGGAGUUCGACGGUGUCUCCAAGGGCAAAUACACCAUUGGUCUCGGACAGAAAUUCAUGGCUUGUUGCGACGACCGGGAAGACAUCAACUCCUUCGCUCUAACUGCUGUCCAAAACCUUCUCGAAAAGUACGAUAUCGACCCCAAGUCUAUUGGACGUAUCGACGUCGGAACCGAGACCAUCAUCGACAAGUCCAAAGCCACCAAGACCGUUCUCAUGGAACUCUUCACCGACGCCGGUAACACCGACAUCGAGGGCGUCGACUCCAAGAACGCGUGCUAUGGCUCAACCGCUGCUCUCUUCAACGCCAUUAACUGGGUUGAAUCUUCCUCCUGGGAUGGUCGUAACGCCAUCGUCGUCGGUGGUGACAUUGCUAUCUACGCCGAGGGCUCUGGUCGACCAACAGGUGGUGCUGGCGCUUUUGCUUUGUUAGUUGGUCCCAGUGCUCCUCUCGCCUUCGAACCCAUUCAUGGAACCCAUAUGGUCCACACCUACGACUUCUACAAACCCAAACUCGACUCGGAGUACCCCGAAGUCGACGGACCUCUCUCCAUCACCGCCUACACCUCCGCCAUCGACGCCUCAUACUCUGCUUUCCGCAACAAACACGCCAAGGCCAAGAAAGCCUCAGGUGCCGAUACCACAGUUCCUUUCUCACUUGAGGAUAUCGACUACCCUGUGUUCCACUCACCGUAUGGCAAGAUGGUCCAGAAAGCACAUGCUCGUCUCGUUUACAACGAUUUCGUGGCUAACCCCAGCGCACCCAAAUACGCUACCGUGCCCAAACCCGAAGCCAUCCUUUCUCAAGCAUAUGAAGCGUCGCUCACGGACAAGGUCCUCGAGAAGACCUUCAUCUCCUUCGCGAAGCCUGAAUUUGACUCUACUGUGGAGGCGUCGAUGAAGUGUGCGAGGAGGUGUGGAAACAUGUACACUGCCUCGUUAUAUGGUGGUCUUGCGUCUCUGUUGUCGACGAUUGAGCCUGAGGAGUUGAAAGGCAAGAGGAUCUCGAUGUUUGCGUUCGGAAGUGGUCUCGCGAGUAGCUUCUUUACUAUCAAAGUGAAGGGUGACACGACGGAGAUCAAGGAUAAGCUUGAUCUUGUUAGUCGGUUGGAGAGCAUGAAGCUUGUACCUUGCCAGGAAUACGUUGAUGCGCUCACGGUUCGUCCUCUUCCCUUCCAUUAUCUCAUUGUGAAUUGUCUCGUUGACGUCGCACUGUUUGUCCGUCUAUCUCUAGCUCCGAGAGAAGAACCACAAUGCUGGCUCGUACAUCCCCGAAGGCUCGCUUGACAACAUCUGGCCAGGCGCAUACUACCUCGAGAGUAUCGACACGAAGUACAGGAGGAAAUACGCUCGCGUGCCCAAGGCAUAAAGCACAAAUAAACAUCUUCGUUUCUUCCUUUUCUCUCCUCCUUGCUUACUUGCUUGUGCUCUUACAUGGUCAUCUACUUAUCGUUACCCCCCAUACUGCAUAUAUCAUACGCUCUUAUCGCUCAUACUGUCAUCUCAUUGGUAUAUAUACCUUUUUGUUACCUCUUCUUCAUUCUUUCUGCUGCCUGCCUGCUUGCUUGGGUUGGAGGAAGGUUGCUGGGCCGCUGUAGAUUCUCUAGACGUUUUGUAUAUGUAUGAAUAGUAAUAUACGAACAUACGAACAACCGUAUUG